GGUGAAAAAAGGAAGGCGCGACCGUCGGAGAGCGCGCGAGCCCGUAAAACCCUCAGCCUAAGGAGCGGAGAGCCGGAGCCGGAGUGCCCCGGGGAAAAGAACAGAAAAACAAUGAAUGCAUAUAUAUUCAGCUAUUAUUUAAUUCAGUUUUGUGGACAUUCAUGGAUAUUUACCAACAUGUUCAUCAGAUUUCUUUCAUUUGGGGAAGAUUCUGUUGCAGACACUUUCCACUCUAUUGGACUUGGGAUGCGUAUUUGCCAGCUAGCCUCUAUACUAGAGCUUCUGCAUAUUUGGUUUGGCAUUGAGAAGGAUCAGUUUUUCCCAAGAUUCUUACAGAUCACAGAAAGAAUUGUCAUCUUAUUUGUUGCAAUAGCAAGUCAAGAAGAAGUUCAAGGGAAGGGCAUUGUAUGUGUCUUAUUUUUCCUUUGGAGUUGCACUGAUGUCAUCAGGUACACAUACUGCAUAUUAUUGGAGACAGGGAUAUACUUUCAGGGACUUGCUUGGCUCUACCAUUCGCUGUGGAUUCCCUUCUAUCCUCUCUCUGUUUUGGCUCAAGCAUUUGCCAUAUAUGAAUCAUUGCCUCACUUUGAAACCUCAGGCACUUACUCCAUCCGAAUAAUCUUUCCAUUUGAUCUAACUAUUUACUUUCCCUAUGUACUGAAAAUGUACCUGGCAAUGUUAUUUGGGGGUGCAUACUUCAUUAUCCAACAUCUUUAUAUGGAACGGAAGACUUAUCUAGGAAGCAACAACAUCAAAGAGAAAAGAAGCUAACUCAUGACAAAUUUCAUCUUCUAUGAAACAGCCUUUGCAACAAUUACUAAAAUAUCAAGAUCUAGUCAUUUGGAGAUUUCAAAUUUUAAAAAGCAUACUACACUUUCUUAGCAAUUAGAUUGUGGCUCACAGACUUUGUAUACAGAGGCACAUCAGGCAGAAUCAAAAGAAUUCCUUGACUGCUUAAAGUUAAACAUUUUCAAUAGCUUCUCAUUAUAUUCAGUGGAAUGCAAAAGCUACGUGCUCUGUUGCUGUUACAGUUAGGCAGGAUGUUAUGUACAUGUAUGUACAUAAUCUAUAUCUAUACAUACAUACAUACAUACAUACAUACAUACAUACAUACAUACAUACAUACAUACAUACAUAUAUACAGAGAGAGAGAGACAGACAGACACUCGAGAAUUCUUUUAAAGUUAUCUAGGAAGUGUUCAUUGUUUCGGACACUGCCAAAAAGCACCACAGCCGAAAAUGACCUUAUUCUUCCAACCUAAGUUUUUAUCAGUUGGUACCUUUGAAGAAAUAUUAUGUAGAAACCAGAAAGAAUGAAAUAAUUUGAUAGCAAUAAUUAACCUUUUUAAAAGUAAGAUAUAUUGUCGAGCACUUUGUGCGCACCUGAAAUUUUGAUUACGUGUCUGGCGAUAUGUUGCAGGUUGUAACAUGUAUCCACCCAGCUACAGAUAAAACAGGAAUGGGCUUUCUAUAACUCAGAACCUUAUUUAUUCCCAAAUCUGUAUUUUGCUAUUAUUCUGGAGCUUCUUUUUUUUUAAAUAGUUUUUAUUAAACAUUAUUACCUUUAAAAACAGAAAGAA